UGCUGCUGCUACUACUACUACUGGUGUUGCUGCUGCUGCUGCUGUUGCUACAAUCACUCAUGAAGACCAUACUGCUCAAAUUAAAAAGGCUGUUGCUGAAGCUACUGCUCAUCAUGAACAAGAGCUCGAACAAUUGCGCCAACAAAUCAUUACUCUAACUGAACUCCUUCAUACCAAAGAACAAUCAGGUCAUCAAGAGGCCGAGCUUCGUGAACAUAUCGAGACGUUGACUGAACAACUCCAUGUUAAAGAAAAAGCAAGCGAAGACCAUGAUACUGCUCUUGAAGCAUUGAGGGAACAAAUAAUCGCAUUAACAACAAUGCUCCACAAAAAGGACAAAGCCGUCCAAGAUUUGGAAAACCAACUCAAGACACAAAAGAGAACCAUGGAUGCUCAAGUAAUGGAAUUGACACAGACUGUUCUCGAAAAAGACAGCCUUUUAAUGGAAUACAUGAAUAACUCAAGUCAACAAGAAAAGAGAAUCUCUGCUUCUGACAAUUUCUUUCAUACAACGCAACAGCAGCAGCAGGAUGUUCAUGAGGCUCGUCUUCAAAUGGCUCAAGUGCGUCAAUACAUGUACUCUUCUUCUGAUGAUGAUGACGAGGAUGACGAAGUUGAAGUUCUUCACAUGAGCUAUUCUAGCGACGAAGAUGAUGACCAUAUUAUUCACCGCCAUUCAUUUCACAGCCAACAUAUGGUAACUACAGACAACACCACUAGCCAUCGUGCUCCUCAUAGCCCUGCUGAUACCAUCUCUUCUCAUGUGAGCUACUCUUCUGAAGAUGAAGAACAACAAGAAAAAAGAGCUGAAAUCAAGCACUUUUCAUACUCUUCUGUUCAAUCACCAUCAAGACCUAUUUCUCUUGUGAGCGGAGAACAAUUAUCUGCUGAAGAAGGAAAUCGUCGUAUCUCUCAACGUCUUAGUGGCGACGGUAGUAUUCCUGCUCGUUUCAGUCUUGUCAAGGAAACCAACAGUGCUAGUUGGCCUAUGCCUCCCCCUACGCCUCCACCUUCUGAACCUUUGCCUCCUGUGCCUGUCAUGGAAAAGUCCAUGGAAGAAAACUCUGCUGUUUCCAACAGUACCAUUCCUCCUCCUCGUCGUGCUAGAUCCAAGACCAUGGCUCGCUCUGAAGCUCCUCAAGUGUCUGCCUAUACCACCUCUAUUCAUCAAACCAAUGAUUUACCUCGCAUUAUGCCUGAAGCUCAACCUGAAAAGCAAGAAGAAGAGAGUGCUCCUAUUCCUCCUCCUCGCAAAGAUCACCUCCCUAGCCUUCUUCAAGAACAACAAGAAGAGCCUCAUACCAAAUGGAUGGAUGAUCCUGAAAGUGAAGAAGAUGAUUUAUGGUGUGAUCCUAAACCUCAUCAAGAAUGGGGAACUGCCACUGCCAUGUAAAACUAUAUUUAACUAGAAU